GGUAUUUCAUUGUAUUGGUUUACUGCUUUAUAAAAAUUACGAGGAGCACUUGAACGCAGCAGCAGGUCUGAGCCGCAUCAGUGCGCAGCUGCGACAUCUGGCGGCCGAUAUGAAGAACAACACGCAGCUGUCGGCGGUUAUUUCCAGCGUCGGUGGUGCAGCGGAUCAGAUGCUGCUCUGACCGCAUCUCUAUCCGCACACACACAUCCUGUCUGUCUCUCUGUACGGACUCUCUCACACACACACACACUUACACACACACACACACACACACACCGGCAGCCAUGAGCGCGGCGCUUUCCUGACGGGCCUCCAUUCACAUCCAGAGCGCGUCUGCAGCCUUCAAACCUCCGUCCGUCCGUUAAGAGCCGAGCAGGGCAGCGGGGAUGUUGUGCACUGCAGCAGACAUGGCUGGCCUGCUGCACAUCACGCUGAUAGCUCUUCUAACCGGCUGCGAUGCCUUCAGACUCGGUUCUUCCCAGGGUGUCAUCCCCCUCGGUUCUCCGGUGUCUCGUCUGUUCCGGGAUGAAGGCCCGGCCCAGCCACAUUUCAUCCAGGAAUUAGUCAGAACCAAACGCCACACAGUCCACGACUUAGUGCGAGUCCAACCUCAUUUGGUUCAUGACAUGGCCUGGCCGGAGAUACACGAAACAUCUCGUUCACAGACCAAGAUGGACUCGGCUAACUCCUCCCAGUUAAACCCACCUCUGUCCUCUGCCAGCCAGGACGUAGCCAGUACCCAUGCAGCUGUGGAUGAAAACUUAGACGUGGAGGACGAGAUGGAGCGUAUGGUUCAUCUCGCAGUCCCCCAGGAUCCAGAAAGCUACCGGGGACAGACUGACUCCACUGACCCAGAGACGGAGCUCCUCGGUGGGCCGGGAGCCGGCGACGCCUCCUUGGAGGCCUCCGGCUUCUACGGGACGGACACGGAGGAGAGAGACAGAGGAGAGGAGGGAGGGGAGGACCGAGAGAGAAGAGUGGGAGAGGAGAGGGGGGAGGACGAUUGGGAGAGAGACAUGGGGGAGGACAGAGGGAGGAGAGAGAAGGAAGAAGAAGAAGAGAGGGGAGGAGGAACAGACAUCGAAGAUGUUCAUGUCCAGGAUGCCUUGGAGGUCAACCACACAACGCCAGAUCUGGACGCUCUAAUCGGCUACAGUCCGUCUUUCCUCCCGUCCGGCUCCAAGCAGCCCAGCAUCUCCUCCCCAGCUGAGGUGCACGAUUCUGGGCUACAGGAGCAUCGUACGACCCCGGUCCUGGAGGGAGCUCCUUUAGAGAGAGAGCCGUGGGAGGCGGAGGGGGAUGAAGACGGUCGUUCCAGUGGCUACGGAGACCUUCCCUCCUCCAUCACUAUAACUAGCACUACAUCUACUGCUGCUUCUACUUCUGCUGCUGCUGCUGCUGGAGACGCUGAAGGGACCGCCACUCCUGAGACUGACACGGGCACAGACUUUGGGCUGCUGGGAAGUUAUACAAAAGAUGACACAGAGUACGAAGAGGCAGAGCGGAAGGAGGAAGAGGAAGAAACAGGUCUGCCACACAUAGGUGUAUUUACCCAGAAUCCCACUGUGCCAGAGGUUGGCAUGGCUCCCAGCAGACAGCCUCUGCAGCCCAGCGUGGAGGAAGAAGAGGAGCUGCAACAAGAAGAACAUGAGUUAAAAGGUGAAGAGGAAGAGGAGGAGGAGGAGUGGAGAAAGACUGAUGGAGAGGAAACAAGAAUCAGACACAUCGUCCCGCUCACCACAGAUCCUUCACCCUCCGUCGGCUUCACCGACCCGUCCUGGGAUUGGCGGGAAAAGACCGUGCCCCCGCAGACCCGAGGGUCAGAGGUCAGGGGAAACGGAGUCACAGAGUUCUUCUUACUGGGCGGUGAUUUCAACGAGAUGGACGAAGCACAGCAGUUUCAGGUUGUGUGUGUCGACUGGAGCGAGCUGACUGGACGCGGCUACGUCAUCCUGAACAUGACACAAAACUUCAACUGUGAGGAGUUCCGUGUAGACCAGGGCGUCCGACUGUUGAAGAUCAUGGAGCGAGUGUUCGCACGAAGAAUGAACAGCCCCGAGGGAUCGUGGGUACUCUACCUCAGCAAGCCUACACACCAACAACACCAGCUGCUGAUGAACGUGGCGUCUGAGCAUGGAGUGAUAGCUACCAAGGAUGUGCUGGGAAUGCUGGGAGAGAUCAGGAAAUGUUUACAUGAGGUGGGCAUCGCUAACUUCAGCGCGGCCAGUAACUGUCAGUCUCGGCCCAGUCAGACACGCAGUGACUACGGCAAGCUAUUUGUGGUUCUGGUGAUCAUCGGCUCCAUCUGCAUGGUCAUCAUCACAUCGGGAUUCAUAUACAUCUGCUGGCAAAGACGACUGCCUGCAACAAAGACUACGUUCCGCGCUGAAGAGCUUCACUUUGUGGAGAACGGUUGCCACGACAACCCCACGCUGGACGUAACCAAUGACAGCCAGCCUGAGAUGCAGGAGAAAAAGCCGAGCACCAAUGGGCUGGCAGGGGUGAGAGAAGGAGGCGGGGAGGAGAGCAGUCGCUGGCAGGUGUUUGUCAAUCAAGCAGCAACCGAGGAGGAAGAAGAGGAGCAGGACACACAUCUCUGAUGGACGAAGAGGAAGAGGAGACAGGUUAUGAAGGACGUUCGCCUUUGAUAGACAGAUUAUAUAAAUGGAGCCUUGAGUGAAGAAGAAGAAGAAGAUGACAGUGAUGACAGAAGAGAAUAAGAGGAGGAAGAAUACAAAAUAUCUUCGGUGGAGAGAAGGAAAAAAAAGUGGAUUUGUUGUCCAAUCAGAGUCAAAGUAGGACUGAUGCUAGGAGGAACGUAGCAGGAGGAGUCACUGACAUCAUCAUGGGGAUUACAUACUGGGUUACAUGUCACAUACUGGACGCUUUGGUCAAAUCUGAAUUCAUAGACAGACAGUAAACUUGACAAACUCUAAGAUGUCCACUGUUUGAAAGAGUUAACAAAGUUGGACUUCUGAUUGGGAAAGUUGAGAAUUUCAUAGAGCUGCAUACCCCUACGCGAUGUAAGAUAAUGUCGUCUUUACAUCAAACUCUUCUGUUUAGUGUGCCUUACGCUUUUAGCUUUUUGCACUGUGGCUGCACGAGACAAUUUAAACAUAAAACUAGAGACUAAUAAAAACAUAAAUCACCUUUUAUGUUUGAAUGUAAAGGAGCUUUUAAAGCUUGGUUGCCAUUUUUGUGUCACAUUAAGCAAAAUACUUUGACGAAAUGGCUCCAACAAAAGCUGAAACUAAGUAUAAUACCCAAAAAGACAUUGUUUACUUUCAUUACCAGUGGUGCAUUGUAGAUAAGUACAUUUACUUUGUACUUUACAUUUAUCUGACAGCUGCAGUCACUAGUUUUCUGUACAAAUUAAUAUUUUACAUAUAAAACAUAUAAUGUGCUUACAAAAUAUGAUGCAUUAUUAUAGAUUUAAGUCACCAACAGUAUAGAAAGUAGUUAAAUUGGCAUAUUUACACAUUAAUGAAUCAUUAAUUGUAAUCCAAUAAUAUAAUAUAGUUUUUAGCAUAACAAGUACAUUUUUCUACCAAUACUUGAAUGUACCUUUACUUAUAAUGGAGUAUUUUUACAAUGCAGUGUUGUUUCAUUUAACUUAAGUAAAAGAUGCGAAUAUUUCUUCCACCAGUGUAGAUAAAACUUGUAGGUAAAAGCCACAGCCAAGAAUUGCUCACAGCAGCAAGAAAUGCAAAAAGUCUAAUCAAGAAUAUCCUAAAAUUUAUCACAACCUCAGAGAUGGUCAAUGGUUUUACCCCAAAGUCUGACUCAGGCGACUCCUCUUAGCUACUCUUCUGAAUCACUGAACAGGAAGUAGAGCCUGUAUUAACUUUGAAAGUAAGGUUUUGGCACUUUAUCGAUUCCUCUUGGAAAUAGUGACUAUCAUCAUUGAAAUGCUGCAUCAUGUUAAAUGUAUUACAUACAGUGACUGAAAUAUCUCUAUUUUGCUUAUAGGAAUGGUUGUAACUGCUGAGGAUGUUCACUGUACACUCUACAACAAGUCACGUGUUUGCUAUACGUAUGUGCUGUUAGCCUAAUAUGCUUUUUCAAUAGUGUUGGAAUGGCUGCUGUACGCUCCUGGCUAAAUCUUGAGGCCAUGACACAUGGGCAACAAAAGCAUGAAAAGUUACAAGUUACAGUGUUGAAGUCAAGUCGGCAAACUCCGAGUCCAAGUCGAGCCCCAAGUCUUCAACGUUUGAGUGUUAAGUUCAAGUCACUUUUAUCAUGUCCGAGUCACCGCAAUCAUGUAUGAAUCACCACGGUCAUGUUCAAGUCACAGCAAUCUGAUUCACUACAGUCAUGUCACUGUCAUGUCCAAGUCACUACGUUCAUGUCCGAGUCACCAGAGUCGUGUCAUAGUCAUGUCAGAGUCACUACGAUCAUGUCUGAGUGACUACAGUCAUGUCCUAGUUAGUAUAGGUCUGAGUCACUAAGAUCAUGUCCAUGUCACUAUGGUCAUGUCAGAGUCAUUAAGGACAUGUUUGAGUAACUAAGGUCGUGUCCAAGUCAUUACCAUCAUAUCUGAGUCACUACGGUCAUGUUCGAGGCACAGUGCUUAUGUUCGAGUCACCAUGGUCAUGUUUGAAUCACUAUGGUCAUGUCCGAGUCACUGUGAUCAUGUCCGAGUCACUACGAUCAUGUCCAAGUCACUAGAGUCGUGUCAUAGUCAUGUCCGAGUCACUACAAUCAUGUCCGAGUCACUAGAGUCGUGUCAUAGUCAUGUCUGAGUCACUAUGGUCAUGUCCGAGUCACUAGAGUCGUGUCAUAGUCAUGUCCGAGUCACUAUGAUCAUGUCCAUGUCACUAUGGUCAUGUUUGAAUCACUAUGGUCAUGUCCGAGUCACUGCGAUCAUGUCCGAGUCACUAGAGUCGUGUCAUAGUCAUGUCUGAGUCACUAUGGUCAUAUCCAAGUCACUACGAUCAUGUCCAUGUUACUAUGGUCAUGUCCGAGUCACUAUGAUCAUGUCUGAGUGACUACAGUCAUGUCCCAGUUAGUAUAGGUCUGAGUCACUAAGAUCAAGACCAAGUCGCUAUGGCCAUGCCAGAGUCAUUAAGGACUUGUUUGAGUUACUAAGGUUGUGUCCAAGUCAUUACCAUCAUAUCUGAGUCACUAUGGUCAUGUCUGAGUCACUACUGUCAUGUCUCGGUCAUGUUCAAGUCACUACAAUCAUGUCCAAGUCACUACAAUCAUGUCCGAGUCACUACAGUCAUGUCAUGGACUUACUAUGGUUAUGUCCGAGUCACUGCAAAUGUGUCACUAUGGUCAUGUCGGAGUCAUUAGACAUGUUUGAGUCACUGUGAUCAUGUCCAAGUCACUAUGGUCAUGUUCGAGGCACAGUGGUCAUGUCUGAGUCACUACUGUCAUGUCUCGGUCAUGUUCAAGUCACUACAAUCAUGUCCGAGUCACUACAGUCAUGUCAUGGACUUACUAUGGUUAUGUCCGAGUCACUGCAAAUGUGUCACUAUGGUCAUGUCGGAGUCAUUAGACAUGUUUGAGUCACUGUGAUCAUGUCCAAGUCACUAUGGUAAUGUUCAAGUCACUACAAUCAUGUCCAAAUCACUACAGUCAUGUCAUGGACUUACUAUGGUUAUGUCCGAGUCACUGCAAAUGUGUCACUAUGGUCAUGUCGGAGUUAUUAGACAUGUUUGAGUCACUGUGAUCAUGUACAAGUCACUAUGGUCAUGUUCGAGUCACUGCAAUCAUAUCUGAGUCACUACAGUCACGUUCGAGUCACUAUGAUCAUGUCUGAGCCAUUACGGUCAUGCGGAGUCAGUAAGUACAUGUCAGAGUCACUACAGAUAUUUCCGAGUCACUACGGUCAUGUUCGAGUCACUAAGAUCAUGUUUGAGUCACUACAAUCACGUCUGAUCUGAUCUUAUUUAUUUAUUGGGACCACGUACAGUGUUAAACAUAAAUGUUACCAUUUGAUGUUCUGUACCAGAUUUAGCUUAUAGCUAAUUUUCAUCUACAGUCCCUUCAGCUGGUCAUGUCUAACAUUAAAGUCCAAAUUAAGGUGCAAGUCAUCAAAAGCAGGACUUAUGCUGGACUUGACUGAUCCAGGGCUCCAAUAAUAUAUUUCUGGCUAAUUACCCAACCGUCAAAGCACAAACAGAAAUCUCACACAUCAGAUAAACAGAAAUAAUUUAACCCACCUUGAGGUAUUUUGGUCUGACUCGAGUCACUGCGCAGUUAACUGGAAUGGAGAUAGAAAAUUGAAUGUUUGUUUUCUUUUAUUCAGAUCGUUUUCUACAGUGAUUUUGUUCUUCAGUCUCCAUUCCUGUUACAGGUAGUAUUGCCCAUCUGCAUUUCAUCAAGAUGUCGCCUGUGUUUCAGCUCUUUUACUCUGACUUUUUCUCGAUGUAACAAUACUGUAUAUGGCUUCACUAUAAACUACGCUGAUUGAUAUGCACUUUGUCAGCUAAGCAGGAUUUAUGGAGCAUUCAGGACACCCGGGGACUUGAGAACCGUCCAUCCUGAAUACCUUAAAUGACUGUCUGCAAUGUAAUUAUCUGUUUCUGAGAGCACAAGAUGCAGGGAGGACACAGUCCCCUGAUCAUCCACAGGAAGACCAAAUAGAUGAGCAUGUAGCUUUCAGCACUGCAGCGAGCACCGAUAUAACAGAACUUACAGCUUCUGUUGCUUUUAUUUGCUGAAAGCCGAAAUAAGAGAGUUUGAUGGAGACAAGUUUGUUGCUUUUUGUUCGCUAGAAAUCAACUGAACGCUUACAAGAUUCUGAUCAACUAAGUUUGUUUUCACAGGUGUUUUUUCUUUUCAGAAUCUAAAGGCAGCCUCACGUAUGUUUGCAUUUGUUAGCGGUGCUAGUGCAAGUCAAUGGGCACUCAGUUGUAGCGAAAAAACAAAAACAAAUGACCCUUUGUUUGUAUAAAGAUAGAAAGUUAGGUUGAGUUUUCAUUCCCGCCGGGUAUUUAUUUGUGUUCAUUUAUUUUAAAGAUGUUUUUUUUGUAUGUCUGUUUAUAUGCAUUUUGAUCAUAUACUGUCUCAUUCUUUUGGUUGUCUGUGUAAUAAGUUAAAUGUGAGAAAUAAACGUUUGGAGAAAAUGUGAUUUCUUGUUAAUUCUGGCCCCUGCAACAAUGAACUGGUUAAUAGGAUCUAGGAAAUAAAUGAACAGAUUGAUGAUUUCAUUUUUGUAUGUAUUUCAAAGUUAAAUUAAUUGUGAAUAAAUGGCUCAUCAUAGCUCAUUAA